AUGGCGAUUGGAAAUGGAAUGAGUAGGCCUUUGGUAAUGAUGAUCGGUACUGAACGUAGUUUGACUAAAAGCAUCAGAAAGAAAGAUCGAGAUCAAGUCUUAUUCAUGACUUAUAUCACUUCUUUUGAUCUUACAGAUACUAUAGCAAGUACUUUGCGAAGUUCUCAUUCGGUUUUCAUUCCAACAGAUGCUUCAGCGCGUUUAAUCGAAUUAAUCAUCAUGUUAGACACACUCUGGACAACCUCAAGAUUAGAACCCUUUCCAUUAUGCUUAGUUUCACAAACCGGAAAAGAUAUGAUCACUUUUCUAAGAUCAUUAACCGAAUGGAUGUCACCACUUACCCCAACCGAAUCUCAAUUAAAAUCUCGAGCAAGAGAUGAAGGUCCAGGUGGGAUAGCACUCAGAUUGAGAAAUCUGAAAUUCUUCAAUUCGAUUGAAGCUUUAGAAUCCCAAACGGCUGCUAUUCAACCUAAAUGUAUCUUAGCUGUACCUCUUACUAUGGCAUACGGAUUCUCUCGUAGAAUGUUUACCAGACAUGUGGGUAAACCUGGGAAUUUGGUUGUGCUUACUUCGAUGGGAGAAAAAGAAAGUUUGACGCGUUGGCUUGCUGAUCAAGUUAAUGAAAAGAGUGAGGCUAAGUAUGGGAGUGGAACUAUACCUGAACCUAUUGAUUUAAAUACUUCAGUUUCCGUCGAAUUGAAACGAAAAGUGGUUUUAGAGGGAGAAGAACUUGAACAAUACCUAGAAGAUAAACAACGAGCAAAAGAGAGACGUACAAAACAUGAAGCAAUGUUAGUUAGAUCAAGAAGAAUGAUAGAUGAAGAAGAUGAUUCAGAUCGAAUGUCAUCAUCAGAUGAUCAAGAGUCGAAUUCAGAAACCGAAACACAAGAAAAACCAGCGAGUCGAAAGAAACCAUUUACGAAAUUAACACAAGCCAAAGUAGCCACAUGGGAUGAAUUUGUAGAUGAAACUGAAACGAUCGCAUUUGAUAUUUAUGUUAAAGGAUCUCAUCGGAUCAAGAUGUUUCCGUUUGUAGAUCGGAGAAGGAAAGUGGACGCGUAUGGUGAAAUGUUGAAUGUAGAUGAAUGGUUAAGGAGAGGUGAUUCUGUACAAGAGAGUACGAUCAAGAAUGAAAAUGUGGGAAAGAAACGAAAAUGGGAAGAAGGAGAGGAAGGAGAAGACGGAGUUGAGGAACCACCUCAUAAAUUUGUUUCUGAAACUGAAGAAGUUAAGGUGGUAUGUAAAGUACUGUUAAUCGAUCUAGAAGGUAAAGCAGAUGGAAGAGCAUUACAAACGAUUAUUCCACAUAUCAAUCCCAAAACAGUAGUUUUGAUAAACGGUACCAGUGAAACACAUCAAGAGUUCAUCUCAAAUGUUUCUGCAAUCCCUUCAUUUACAACCCAAAUCUUUUCCCCCAAGAUUGGAGAAUGUUCAGUAAUUGGACAUGAUACUAAAAGUUUUAGUGUUAGAUUAAGUGAUGACUUGAUGUCUAGUAUCAAAUUAUCAAAGGUUGAAGGAUUUGAAGUAGGUUAUUUAACUGGAAUCUUACAAGUUUUAGACGAAUCAUCAAUUCCUACAUUAGAAAGAUUACCGAUCGGGUUAAACAAUAGUACACAAUUAACUAGAUAUAAUCAACGUACAUCGAAACCUAAAGAUACCGAAAAUGAAGAAUCUAAAUUAGAUAUAAGUCAUCGAUUAGAUGCCUUACCGAUCACUUCUUCUACGAUUUUUAUUGGAGAAAUCAAAUUGAUUGGAUUAAAAUCUUAUUUAAAUUCGAUUGGAAUCCAAGCGGAAUUCACCGGAGAAGGAGUCUUGAUAUGUGGACCGGUAUCCAACAAACCAAGCAAUAAUAAUUCCACCACCAAUCCGAUUCAAAAAGGAGGUGAAAAGAUUAAAUAUGAAAUCUUAAAUCAAGAAGAAGGAAUUGAAGAAGGUAGUAAAGAAUUAAUGGAAUUAAAAGUUUUGGUCAAGAAGAAUUCGAAAGGUGAGUUAAGUAUUGAAGGACCGAUUGGAUUUAAUUUUUUUUAUAUUCGAGAUGCGAUUUAUAGUUUACAUUCUAGUAUGUCACAAUCAAGUCAUGGGAAAUGA